AAUGAAAUUGCAGCUGCGUGGGGAUGCGGGAUUGUACCUGUAUGCUGUAGCUUACUAGCUAUUAGCUAGCGGUCUCGUACGCUAUUAAGAAGUCCUGUAUGUCAGCAAACUAGGGUCUACGUUGCUUCAAGAAAGUAAUAAGUUGGACACAAGUGACAGUAGUCGUUUUGCCAGAAAAUACGUAGAAAAUGUGAAAGGCGGGGUUGUUUUCGUGGACACCCUCGUGCUUCUAGGUAACUUUGGAUAGCAAUUGUGCUACGGUAGCUAGCGAGCUAGCUGUCAGCAAGCUGAUAAAUCCACAAGUGGCCAUGCUUUUACGGAUAGUGUUAACCUGUUAGUCGCAUUAUUUCGCUUGAGGACCUGCUGUUUAUCUGGAUUCAGUGACACGUUCGGUCGAGAAAUGCACAUGACCUCUUUUCUAACGUAACGCCCGUUCUUGUACCUGACGAGGUUUGGGUUAGCAGUGACAGGUCGGAUGCUAAUGCUUUGACAGGUCGGGACGGAUGACAGCAUUGUCUCGCAGCAUCUGGAUUCAACGAGUUCAGUGAAUGAAUGGAAGCCAGGCUAAACAGCUGGAGUGCCAGUGAAACCGAGAUUUGAUUAACGUGACAGACGGUAGCGAUUCCGUAGAUAAGGUCGUGAUCAAACUUACCUUUGUUUUACAAGUUUACAAUGACCAGUCCUUCAUUCAUGAACUUUAUGUGCCUCGGGAAUCGAGUUGUCGCAGUCCUGAAUGGAACCUGUGUUCGUCGCCUCACGCCUAUCCUGUUUGGAAUACGACAUGUUGUAUCGCAUGCCGAUGCUGGGUUCAAACCCGAAAAAGUUGCGGUGGUCACGAAGACAACAAGAUAUGAAUUUGAGCAGCAAAGAUACCGUUAUUCAGAACUCACCGAGGAGGAUCUGAAACAGCUGUUGGCAAUGAAAGGUUCGAGCUACAGUGGUCUUUUGGAGAGGCACAACGUCCACACACGCAACGUGGAACACAUAGUGCACAGUCUACAGCAAGAGGGAGUUGAAGUGCGUGUUGUGAAGAGGGGGGAAUACAGUGAAGAAACAGUGAAAUGGGCCGACGCCAUCAUCUCUGCUGGCGGUGAUGGGACCAUGCUACUAGUGGCCAGUAAGGUUUUCAGCAGGGACAAACCAGUUGUUGGUGUCAAUACUGAUCCGGAGAGGUCAGAGGGUCACCUGUGUCUGCCUGUGCAUUACACACAUUCCUUCCCAGAGGUGCUCAAAAAACUCAGACGUGGGGACUUCAGGUGGCAGUGGCGCCAGAGGAUCCGUCUGCACCUGGAGGGCACGGGGAUCAACCCCACCCCGGUGGACCUCCAUGAACAGCAGCUGAGCCUGGAGCAGCAUAACCAGGCCCACCGCAUCACCACCCUGCAGGCCCAGCGCUGUACGCCCCCGCCAGCACCCUCCGCCACCAUGUGUGCAGUGGAUGGAAACCCCUCCAAGCCUUACCUUCUCCCUGUCAGAAGUCUGAACGAAAUCUUCAUCGGUGAAUCUCUCUCCUCGAGGGGGAAGUUUAAAUCCUUCAAACCUCAUCUCACCCUCUCGCUCCAUAGGGCUUCCUACUAUGAGAUGUCCGUGAACGACGGCCCCUGGGAGAAGCAGAAGAGUUCAGGUCUCAGCGUGUGCACCGGUACCGGGUCCAAAGCGUGGUCCUAUAAUAUUAACAAACUUGUUGAACAAGCUGUGGAGGAUGUCCUAAGAAUUGGAAAGGCACAAACGGGUCUUGAUAUUCCACUGAACCAGGAACUGAUAGGAAAAGUUACAGAGAAGUACAAUGAGUCUCUGGUGUACAGCCCUGAGGACGGGAGAAUGUUCUACAGCAUCAGAGAACCCAUUGUCAACAGAGUGUUCUCCAACAGCCGCCAGAGAGGCUUCGCCAACCGGGUGUGCGUGCGGUCGCGCUGCUGGGACGCUUGCAUGGUGGUGGACGGGGGGACGUCGUUUGAGUUCAACGACGGCGCCAUAGCAACGAUCACCAUGAGCGAGGAAGACCAGCUGCGGACCGUUCUCCUGUGAAGCUGAUUGGUCCGUGGCCUGGCGUAGGAGUGGACGGAGCAGGCUAGUCUGGUACAGCAGGACUUGUUACAGUGGGGAUCUUGAGGUGAACUUGGUCAGAUGUUGUUUUUCAUCUGGAGGG